AUUUUUACAUUUCUCAUAUUAGUUAAUUAGUUAAUUGCUACAUUUUUACAUUUCUCAUAUUAGUUAAUUAGUUAAUUGCUACAAUUUUACAUCUCUCAUAUUAGUUAAUUGCUACAUAUCUCAUUAAAGUAAAAAAAAUUAGUUAAUUUUUACAUUUCUCAUAUUAGUUAAUUAGUUAAUUGCUACAAUUUUACAUUUCUCAUAUUAGUUAAUUGCUACAUAUCUCAUUAAAGUAAAAAAAACUAGUUAAUUUUUACAUUUCUCAUAUUAGUUAAUUGCUACAUAUCUCAUUAAAAUAACAAAACUAGUUAAUUUUUACAUUUCUCAUAUUAGUUAAUUGCUAAUAUUUGUUCAAUUUUAAAGAUGGAGCGUGGUAGACAUUCUGUAGAUGUGGGUAAUCUCCAACGCAACCGCAAGAGGGAGAUUGCAUCGACUCGAUCUACUUCACGCAAAAGCAAAGGUAAAGCGCGGGCCGAGUCUUCUUUUCAAAGUCGAGAUGAUUUUGAAACGGAUUACCAACGGCGAGAUGGUAUGAUGAUGUCCGACGAGGAACUACAACACCUAUUGUCCCAAAAUGAUCCACGUUUUGCACAAGAACAACAAUUCCCGACAACCAUCGAUGAAGAGAAGCUCGAGGAUGACGAUGGGGAGGAGGACGCGGGGGGCGACGGGACUCCGGAUGAUGAGCAAGAGGACGAGGGCCCUUCAACGACUACAACCCAAAUUGAUAAGAAAUCUAAAUCUGCUAUUAUUGAAAACAAUUAUACAAAAAGGAAAGACGAAAAAAUCGAAAAAUGGUACGCAAGUUGCAAUCAUUGCAAGAAAGAGUUUAGCUUGGGAAUUCUGGCGGAUACGGGAGUCUCAAAAGACAUCUUCAGUCCGCCCACUUUGUGGAGUAUGCGAAAAUAGACAAAGGAAAGGGGAAGCAAACACAAAUAUCAAGGUUUGCAA